CGCUCCGGGGAUCAGCUGGCGGGCGGGCGGGCGCCUAACGCGGCCCCGGCUCUCGCUGCAGCGCCGCCUCCUCUCCGCGUCGCAGGCCGGCCCCGCGGCCGUGACAAUGUUGCAGGACUAGUAGCUGGGCGCCAGCCGCCGAGCCUUCUCAAGUUUAAACUUACGCGAAUCGCUCUCUUGAGGAGGAGGGGACCGCGGCGCGAUUGACACGCAUAUUCCUAUUGGCAUCCUCCCUCAGCCCCCACCCCCACGGCCGGAUUCGGGUGGCUCCUCUCCGAGCUGAAAUCCGAGAAGAAAUCCUUGGAUCUCUUGUUUUCUUAGAAAAAAAAAAAAAUCCAGAAACCUUCGGUAUUUUGCUUUACUGCUUCCUAUUCUCAAGAUGAAGAAGUUUUUCGACUCCCGGCGAGAGCAGGGCGGCUCUGGCCUGGGCUCUGGCUCCAGCGGAGGUGGGGGCAGCACCUCGGGCCUGGGCAGUGGCUACAUCGGAAGGGUCUUUGGCAUUGGGCGACAGCAGGUCACUGUGGACGAGGUGUUGGCGGAAGGUGGAUUUGCUAUCGUGUUUCUGGUGAGGACAAGCAAUGGAAUGAAAUGUGCCUUGAAACGCAUGUUUGUCAACAAUGAGCAUGAUCUCCAGGUGUGCAAGAGAGAAAUCCAGAUAAUGAGAGACCUGUCGGGGCACAAGAACAUUGUGGGCUACAUUGACUCCAGUAUCAACAACGUGAGCAGUGGUGAUGUAUGGGAAGUGCUCAUUCUGAUGGACUUCUGUAGGGGAGGCCAGGUGGUCAACUUGAUGAAUCAGCGCCUGCAGACAGGUUUUACAGAGAAUGAAGUGCUCCAGAUAUUUUGUGACACCUGUGAAGCCGUUGCCCGCCUGCACCAGUGCAAAACUCCUAUUAUCCACCGUGACCUGAAGGUUGAAAAUAUCCUCUUGCAUGACCGAGGCCACUACGUCCUGUGUGACUUUGGAAGCGCCACCAACAAAUUUCAGAAUCCACAAACUGAGGGAGUCAAUGCAGUGGAAGAUGAGAUUAAGAAAUACACAACGCUGUCCUAUCGAGCACCAGAAAUGGUCAACCUGUACAGUGGCAAAAUCAUCACUACGAAGGCAGACAUUUGGGCUCUUGGAUGUUUGUUGUAUAAAUUAUGCUACUUCACUUUGCCAUUUGGAGAGAGUCAGGUGGCAAUUUGUGACGGAAACUUCACAAUUCCUGAUAACUCUCGAUAUUCCCAAGACAUGCACUGCCUAAUUAGGUAUAUGUUGGAACCAGACCCUGACAAAAGGCCAGAUAUUUACCAGGUGUCCUACUUCUCAUUCAAACUACUCAAGAAAGAAUGCCCAAUUCCUAAUGUACAGAACUCUCCCAUUCCUGCAAAGCUUCCUGAACCAGUGAAAGCCAGUGAGGCAGCUGCAAAAAAGACCCAGCCAAAGGCCAGACUGACAGAUCCCAUUCCCACAACAGAGACUUCAAUUGCACCACGUCAGAGGCCUAAGGCUGGGCAGACUCAGCCAAACCCAGGAAUCCUUCCCAUCCAGCCAGCUUUGACACCUCGAAAGAGGGCCACAGUUCAGCCCCUGCCCCAGGUUGCAGGAUCCAGCAAUCAGCCUGGCCUUUUAGCCAGUGUUCCCCAACCCAAAACCCAGCCCCAACCCAGCCAGCCUCUACCGCAGUCUCAGCCCAAGCAGCCACAGGCUCCACCCACCCCACAGCAGACGCCUCCCACUCCAGCCCAGGCUCUGCCCACUCCAGCCCAGGCCACCCCCCAGCACCAGCAGCAACUCUUCCUCAAGCAGCAACAGCAGCCACAGCCACAGCAGCAGCAGCCACCGCCAUCUUCCCAGCAGCCUGCAGGCACGUUUUACCAGCAGCAGCAGCAGCAGCAGCAGCAGGCUCAGCAGGCUCAACAGUUUCAGGCAGUACACCCAGCAGCCCAGCAACCAGCAAUUGCCCAGUUCCCUGUGGUGUCCCAAGGAGGCUCUCAACAGCAGCUGAUACAGAACUUCUACCAGCAACAACAGCAGCAGCAGCAGCAGCAGCAGCAGCAGCAGCUGGCCACGACCCUGCAUCAGCAGCAGCUGCUGACUCAGCAGGCCGCCUUGCAGCAGAAGAGUGCUGUGGCAGCAGCACAGCAGCCCCAGACACAGCCGGCCGCAGCCCCACAGCCACCACCGGCCCAGGAGCCAGCGCAGAUUCAAGCCCCAGUAAGACAACAGCCAAAGGUUCAAACAACCCCACCUCCUGCCGUCCAGGGACAGAAACUUGGAUCUCUCACUCCUCCAUCAUCCCCCAAGACCCAGCGUGCUGGGCACAGGCGGAUUCUCAGUGACGUAACCCAUAGUGCGGUCUUCGGGGUCCCUGCCAGCAAAUCAACCCAGCUGCUCCAGGCAGCUGCAGCUGAGGCCAGCCUCAAUAAGUCCAAGUCUGCAACCACCACUCCAUCAGGCUCUCCUCGGACCUCCCAGCAAAAUGUUUAUAAUGCUUCAGAAGGUUCUACGUGGAAUCCCUUCGAUGACGACAAUUUCUCCAAACUCACCGCUGAAGAACUACUGAACAAGGACUUUGCCAAGCUGGGGGAAGGCAAACAUCCUGAGAAGCUUGGAGGCUCAGCUGAGAGUUUGAUCCCAGGCUUUCAACCAACUCAAGGUGAUGCCUUUGCCACUCCCUCAUUUUCUGCUGGAACAGCUGAAAAAAGGAAGGGUGGGCAGACUGUGGACUCUAGCCUCCCACUUCUAAGUGUAUCUGAUCCUUUUAUCCCUCUUCAAGUACCUGAUGCACCAGAAAAACUAAUUGAGGGACUCAAAUCUCCUGACACUUCUCUCCUGCUCCCUGACCUCUUGCCUAUGACAGACCCUUUUGGUAGCACUUCCGAUGCUGUAAUUGAAAAAGCCGAUGUUGCUGUUGAGAGUCUCAUACCGGGACUGGAGCCCCCGGUACCCCAGCGCCUUCCAUCCCAGACGGAAUCUGUGACCUCGAACCGCACAGAUUCUCUCACCGGGGAAGAUUCCCUGAUUGAUUGCUCCUUGCUUUCUAACCCUACUACUGACCUGCUGGAAGAGUUUGCCCCCAUAGCGAUAUCCGCUCCAGCCCAUAAAGCUGCAGAAGAUAGUAAUCUCAUCUCAGGUUUUGAUGUCCCUGAGGGCUCGGACAAGGUGGCAGAAGAUGAGUUUGACCCUAUUCCUGUAUUGAUAACCAAAAACCCACAAGGUGGGCACUCUAGAAACAGCAGUGGGAGCUCUGAGUCCAGUCUUCCCAACCUAGCCAGGUCUUUACUGCUGGUGGAUCAGCUCAUAGACCUGUAGCCGUGACCCAGUAGCAGAUGCAGUUCUGUAACCUUCAUACCGUAAUAUACAUUUUCAUUACGGAGUUAUAAGAAAAAUGAUUUUUUAAAAAAUCUGCUAAUAAGGGGCCCUCCAGCCCUUAUCUCCUACCCCUUGCCUUCUCCUGUAGAAAUGAUAAGGAAAGAAAAUCACUUUGGCCCUCCAGAUAUUCCUUGGCCAGUUCCUCCCUGUUAGUUUGCUGUGUUUUCUCAUUACCCCUCUUCAAUAGCAUUAUCUUAAAUCAAGCGCUAGAUGCCAUGAGCUUCACCUCUGCUGGAAUCAACUCCACCAAAAGCUUAACUGUAACUGAAACUAGUGAACUGACACCUUUGUCUCAUUCUUGCUAGGAAUGGCCUCCCACACCAGUCCUCCCAACCCCUGUCUCCUUUGGCCAGAUGCUGAUGAAUGUGUUUCUCUGUUUUUGCUUUUUACGCUGCUGCAUUAUCAUGAGGACAUGGCUUCUUCAGUUGGUCUUAACUCUAGGCAGUAGCCUGGAGAUGAGUGUGUGAUUUAAGAGAGGGUAAAACUGACUGACGGAUGGGAUAUAUUUGAAAAGAGAAAUUGAGCCCAGCUCUAGCCAACCAGCUUUGACCUUGUUUGAUCAUAGACUUAGCCAAGGGAUUUUACACCCCAUGCAACCUGCCCAGCAUUCAUCCAGCAUUCUGGCUUCCAUUGAACCGUGAUUUCUCAGAUCUGGAGACGUGACUGCAAGUACUUGAGAUCCUUGGAUAAAAUGUGUACAUUAUAUAAAACCCAAGUAUUGCCAUUCCUUUUCAUGUUAACUGUCCCAAGCCGGGAUCUCAGAAUUAGACCAAAACAAGACAAUGGUGGUAAUAUGAUACCUUUUAUUAGAAGACUUUUCACUGGGGGGUGGAUGGGGGAGGGGAAGGAAUUGUAGCAGAAACAGAUGUAUUUUUCUUGUGAUUUUUAUUUUGAAUCAAAUAUUGUAAAUUGUGUAUAAAUGAAGACGCUGAAUAGUUCUGUUUCCACUUGGCGUUUCAAGUCUGAUAUCAGGUGUCUGUACAGGGUUUUGACCUCUUUCCCUUGUAUAACUACACAGCAAUCCUACAGUGUAACAUAUGGAAUCAUUUUGAGUAGACUUGUGUGUUGCUUUAAGCUUUCAGCAGGUCCUCUGUCUUUGUAGAAUAAGCAUGUUGUUUAUUUUCAGAUAAUCAGAAAUAAGUGUGCCUACAAGCUGGGCACAAUUUGACUCUGGCUACUUACCUUUCUUUCUCUCUGAUGUUGGAACUGAAGGAUGCAGCCAAUGAAAUAUGUUCAGUUGGUUUUCCUUGGCUUCCUAGAUUAAAAAACAAAACAAAGCGUAGUUCCUCACUAACCUUAGAAUAUUGUUCAUAAAAUAAAUAAAGGACCCUGCACUGACAUGACAACAUGCCUCAUGGUCACCCUCUGUAUAUGUACUUACUCAUUGAAGUGUAUCUUUUUUUCCUUACAUAGAAAGCAAUUUUAUAAAAUUGCCCUUUUGAAAAAGAGGUGGGCACAGAGCAACCCGCUGUGGUUCUCUUCCUCGAGUGCCGUUUUCCAUGAUCAGAAGGGAAACUCUUAGUUGAUCAGAUUUGUACAAAUAAAAUUCCAAGCCCACUUGCCUGUUUCUCUAUCUAGUACUUUUGUUUCUCCUUCCUCACGUUUGCACUUUAUUGGGGGGGGGGGGGGGAGGGAGUUGAGCAGCAACAACAGCCUGCAAAACACUGCACUUUGGAGGUCAAGCUUUGACCCCAGAAAUGUGAGAGCAGCCUUUGAAAGGCAGCGGAGGAAAAGUCUGAAUCUUUCAGUCUUCCUCCUGACUUUAAAUACUUCCUGUGCCAGCUGAAACUAGAUGAGCUAAGUAAAGCCCUCUAUUAGGAUAAUGGAUCAUUUCCAAAAUUGAGGGAGGCACCACCUUCCUGCUGAAGAUAAAAAAAAAAAAAAAAAAAAAAAGAUAUCCUUGAAGAGCUCUCCAUGAUUGGAUAGCAGUGAAAAUGGGACUCAGUUUGCACCUUUGUGGACAGGAAUAUUACUGAAGAUCAAAACUGUAUUCUUUUUCCUGGACAUAGAAAGAAUGUAUAAUCUAAUGAAGGAAAUGUUUAUUUUUAAAUAAGAACAAUGUUUUAUGCCUAUGUUUUCCAAUUUGAUUUUUUUCAUACAUAUACAUGUUAGAAAUAUAAUGAAAUAUCUAGUUUCUCAAUUUAAUUGAAACCAUGAAGAGUACAGUUUAGAAAUUAGGUAUCUCUAAAUUGUUCCUUUCAUGUAUUACCCGUAAUCACAUUGAGAUAUAUUAUCUAGUCAUCUGGCUCAAUAAAGCUUAAUGGAGACUGUUAAUGAAAAUGAACAGACUAGCAGCCAGAGACUGGAUGGAGGAAGUCUGAGGGAGAUAAUGACAUGAAAUCAUCUUGGGUUUGUUCUUUAGGAAUGGGGCCUCAUAGAGAAGAACUAUUUUUCUGCUAAGGUAUCCAUGUGAGUGACUCAGCAAAUGGGACCUCCCUUAGUUUAUAACUUCAUCCCUAAGCUAAAAGGGUUUAUUUGAUAUGAGUGAGGUAUGCUGAUAACGGGUAGACAUACGAACUCCACAAGAGGGAUCGGAGAGACCAGUCUCUAGUCCAUCCACUUCAUUUCACAUGGAACCGGAGGCCGGGCCAGCUGAAGAGGCCUGGACAGGACAGGCCAGGUCACCUGGGAUCUCUCCCUGACCUUUUCCGGUCACUGGCCAAGCAGCCUUCAGCAGGCUCUUCACUUCUAAGAGCUAUUGUUCCUUUUUUAUACAAUGAUGGGUUUGGACUAGAUGGUCUUUAAGCUUAUGGAAUUCUAGACUUCUACGUACAUACUAUUAUGCUUUGGAAGGACUAUGAAGGAUUUGUAUAAUCCGGAUGUUCUUCAGUUACCUUCUGUAGCUCUUACUGUUACUGUAGCAGUAUUUACAUUUUAGAGAAUUAUAAUGGACUUUUUACUAACUUGGGUUGCUCUUUCUUGGUUAACUGAAUAGAAGCCUGCAUUACUGGACAGUUUGGGACAUAGAUUCUUUUUUUUAAUAUUACUCACACACCCUACCUAUUCCAACAAAACAGUGUCAGAAGAUUUCAAUUCUUUUAAAACAUAAAAUCAGUGAUCUGACACUUAAAGAUGGGCAGAUACUAUAAGCAUAUGUUUCUGAUUUGCUUUAAUCCAACUGUGUAAGAGUAGUAACUAUACCAGAACACAUAACAAAUUGUUGGCAUUUUGUUGUUUUUUUUUUUUCUUUAAAGCAUUCAAAUAACUAGAUCACCAAAUUCAGGUCCCAGUGUUUCUAAAAACACGGGACUCAGAGGAGAUAAGGUUUAAAUAGACACUUCUAACUAUGAUCAUAAUUAAUGACUUCUUUAGCAGACAUACCAGAAUUUUGACAGCUAAUUGAGUGUUGUUCCAUUCAAAGGCAUCUGGUUUUACUUGGGAAGUUAAUACUUACUCUAAUGAUGCUGCCAUCAUUUAAGUUAUUUUUGAAACUCCUCUCUUUAGAAAUACCAUCAAGGAAGGUAAUAAGGUAUAGGAAAAUCAGUUGAAUUAUUAUCUAAUUAGUAUUGCUUUCAGCAUCUGGAAGCAUCUCUUUCUUGAUCCUUUUCCAUGACUCCUGGUUUAGGGUAACAUUUAACAAAAUCACCCACCCACCUCAGAUGAAAUGUGGUUACUAUUAAAGACAGUAAAAGGAAUAAUCCACAGAAAAUUCCCAGAGAGGAGCUUAUAACGGAAAGCGACAACUAUCAUUCUUAAUUUCCUUGAUCCUCUGAAUAAGGGAACUUUCAUAAUUUCACCUGUCUUUAGUAGUUUAGAAAAUGGAAAGAUGUGGAUUUUAAAAUACCUCCGAAAGAGGUUGUCACUUUGUUCAGUGUCAUUUGAUACUGGACUUGGCUCUUUCUGAAGUAGAAUUAUAGAACUUGGAUUGCUAAUAAUUACAGGGAAACAAACUCAAGAAAAAUUUUCUCAAGAUGAAAUAAUUAGUUUUGUUUAUAAUACUCUUUUCCUGCUCUGCUGACAGGUAAUUGAUCAUUUUGAUUCGAACUAACACAGUUUUCCCCAAGUCAGGAACAGUCUGCCUUCAGCAAUUGUAUGGGAAGAGGAGGACCUUCUGGGUUGACCUCAGCCCAGAAGUGUGGAGGGAUCUGAGUUCACCUGAAUAAAUGCACACUAUAGGUAUCUUGGGCCAAAGUAAAGUCUCCCAUGAUGAUGUUUGUCUAAAUUUCCAGGAGUCUUUAACUUUCUCUGACUGUAAGAUUACCAGGCUCGUGUAGCCAUUAACUUAGUUUGGGGACAAAAAUGAUAGGAUUGCCCAAAGUACUGAAUUAAGUGAAUUAGAGGCUGCCGGGCAGAACAGAGAUACUAGCAGAGGGAUAUUUAAAAUGAAAUCUUUACUGAAACACUCCAGAUAAUACAAAACUGUCUUUUAUUCCUCUCUAGAGACUAUAAUUUUACCAACACAAAGUUAGUCUUUUCAUUUUCCACCCUAGUCAUGUUCCUGAAGUUGGAUGUACUUGGGUUUCUUGAGUCAAAAUGAAUCCCAGAUGGCCUCCAUUUCAAAUAAUCUGUAACAAGAUACUACUUUGUUUAUCCCGGGUUUCCUUUCACCAAGGUGGAGGAAGGAGUUUCUUUGGGUAAUGCUAACUUAUGCAGAGUUGCCAAAUGGUGGUAGUUGCUUGAAUGGAAGACACUUCCUUGGUUCCCACUUUGAUGGUAGUAUCCUGACCUUACUCUUCUUCCUGUGAGUAUUCUGCUCUACCCUAUUGCACCUCCCCCCCCCCUUAUCACAUGGUUGUAUAUUUACCACAGGUCUUUAUCAUGUCCUCCCUAAGAAGACAAAGCAAACAGGUACACGAAGCUACCUUGUACAGUAAAAAUAUGAAAUUUAAACACUGCUACGCAAAUAUUGUAUAAAAAAAAAGUCUGUAAACAAUUUAUUAUGUAAACAUACAGGGGAAUAAAGACUUAUCUGUUCAACCAGGA